UAGAACAUAAAGAGAGGAAAAUUGUAAAAUAUAGAAGUUUUAGGGAUGUAAGAAAAUUUUUGACUCGCAAUUAUAUGAUCGAGAAUAUGCAAAAUGUUAGUUUCAACAUUUAAAACCUUUGCAUAACAAGAGCAUUUUGCAUAGGGGGUGUGUUUACCAGAAGAAACUUCCGUAAACAAAUGUCUUCAAACGUUUUAUUUGGAUGAAAAUGCUCGAAAACAUGUAGAGAAAUUACUGUCUCAUGCGUUAUGAAUCAUAUGUUAUAUAGUUUUUGAAAGCAGUAACAUAUUUGGAAUCUGUGAAUUUUUUAUUUGCUGCUGAAAAGAAAAUCUACUUCCGGUACAUUUUUCUUCAUAUCAAUAAUGAGAGAUUGUCAGACUUUGUCUCCUUAGACAAUUCUACAUGAGAAGACUAGUAGUCUGUUUAUAAGACCUUAAUCCAGAAGUGAAUUGUGAUCUAUUGGCAAAAGUUGGAACAGUUCUGUGAUUUUUAUCACUGUAGUAUGGAGGUGGGUCUGAGAGUUGUCAGAGGCCCUGACUGGAAGUGGGGAAAUCAGGACGGUGGAGAGGGACAUGUGGGGACUGUUGUUGAAAUCGGGAAACCAGGGAGCUCCACCUCACCAGACAAAACCGUGGUGGUGCAGUGGGACUCUGGGUCCAGGACAAACUAUCGUGUGGGAUAUCAAGGAGCUUAUGACCUACGAGUUUUAGACAACGCACCCAUAGGUGUCAAACACCAGAACAUAAUUUGUGAUGCCUGUAAAAAGCAAGGAAUUCAAGGCAUGCGAUGGAAAUGCACCAAAUGUCAUGACUUUGACCUGUGUACUGCAUGUUACAUGGCCGACAAGCAUGAUCUAGGACAUGCAUUUCUAAGAAUAGAAAAUGCUUUGUCUAGAGGUGAAAAAAUGCCGAAGAGAAAGGACACUCAGAACAGUACCCGAGCUCAGUCCUUUGGUAUAUUUUCUGGAGCCAAGGUCAUUCGUGGACCUGACUGGGACUGGGGCAAUCAAGAUGGUAAAGGUGGAGAAGGGAAGAUAGGAAAGACAACAGACAUCCGGGGCUGGGACUCCGAAUCUGGGCGCAGUGUGGCCCAUGUAACCUGGCAGUCAGGCUCAACCAAUGUAUAUAGGGUGGGACACAAAGGGAAGGUGGAUCUCAAGUAUAUCCAGUCAGCCCCGGGCUGGACUUACUACAAGGAGCACUUACCUGUUCUAGGAGAAUUUACAGAUGUUGUGGCCCAGGGUGGCAUUCCAUGCCAGUUUAAAGUUGGAGAUAAAGUCCGCGUGGACCUGGAAGCAGACAUACUGAAGUGUAUGCAGGAGGGACACGGAGGCUGGAAUCCUCGAAUGGCCGAGUACAUUGGAAAGGUUGGAACAGUCCACAGAAUAACAGAGAGGGGGGAUGUCAGGGUGCAGUAUGAAGGGUGCUCCAACAGGUGGACAUUUCACCCUGGCGCUCUCACAAAGGUUCAUGUGUUUGCUGUUAACGAUUGUGUGAGGAUCUCGGACAACAUCCAUCAAGUGAAGGAGAUGCAGAAAAGCCACGGCGAGUGGACAGAGAACAUGAAAACAACCCUGGGUAGAGUAGGCAGAGUGUUAAAGGUUUACGCCGAUGGAGACCUGCGGGUGGCAGUGGCCAAUCAGACGUGGACGUUCAAUCCAGCGUGUUGUUCUAUUGUUCCGUCAAUAGAGCCAGAUAAUAACAACACAAAUGGCGGACAUGAACAGCGAGAUCACUCAACAACCCUCUCUGACCUUUUGGAGCAGUUGAUGGACAUCAGAGCUGAUACCACCGGCCCUGAGAGAUUGGUCAGGGAGGCUGCUCAAGGUCAUGCUGAUGCGGUAAAGGACAUUGUCACAAAACACCCAGAUAAGGUGGACCAAAAGAGUUCUGGGAAGUCGGCUCUCCAGGUGGCCAGUCAUCAAGGUCACAAAGAAAUCGUUCAGAUCCUCCUGACUCACAACGCUAAGCUCACCGUACAGGACGAGGACGGUGAUACAGCUCUCCAUUACUCCGCUUUUGGAAAUCAACCUGAAGUGAUGGAACUUCUACUCAAGAAAGGUGCUCAAAUUAAUGCAUUGAACAAUGGCGGAUGUAGUACAUUGCAUGUGGCUGUCAACAAACAGCAUGCGGAGUGUGUCCGAAUCUUGCUUAAAAACAAGUGUAAUGUAAACAUACAGGAUUCUUAUGGCGACACAGCUUUACACGACGCCAUCGGUAAAGAAAAGCAGGACAUAAUAGACGGCCUGAUUAAUUACCCAAGUAUUGACUUCACUCUGAAGAACAAGCGAGGAUUCAAUGUACUUCACCAUGCUGCCCUAAAGGGAAAUAAUUUUGCUACAGAGAAGAUUCUUCAAAAAUGUCGACAGAUUGUGGAUAUCAAGAAGGAUGAUGGAUUCUCUGCUAUUCAUUUGGCAGCACUAAAUGGACAUCGAGAUGUCACCUUUUCACUUCUGACACUGGGCCAAGCUAACAUCGAGAUCAGAAACAACCGCCAGCAGACUCCGCUACUUCUGGCGGUGUCUCAGGGCCACACCUCCAUUGUGGAGCUCCUGGUCAGCAGCGGUGCUGACCUUAGGGUGGAGGACGAGGAUGGAGACACCACACUCCACCUGGCACUGAUGCGGCAGAGCGUGACCUCAGAACAGGAGAACACACCAAUGUUGGAUUCGAUUCGAGAACAUUUAGAGAAGAAGGGUUUGGAGGACAUCACCUGGGGAAUUCUGAUGACGUGUUACCUGGCGGAGAAAGGAGCUGACCUGUAUCACAAGAACCACCAGGGAAAGACCCCCCUCAGUAUCAUCGGGGACUCCAAAACAGAGGAGGUGGUGCAGGAGUAUGCCACUGGAAAUGUCACCAACAUUCCCUCCUCAGAGAAGGAGUGUAUUAUUUGUGAGGAUCAGCAGGCCAGUAUCAAGUUUGAGCCGUGCGGACAUGUCGUGGUCUGUCAGGAGUGCUGUCAGAGGGUCAAGAAAAUCAAACGAUGUUUUACGUGCCGCGCCAACAUCGAAUUCAAGAAAAUAGGUGACAAGGAAUUGAGUGAACCGAUUGACAAUCCAUCAACGGAUGAAGACAUUACGGUGUGUACAAUCUGUAUGGAGAGAAAGAAGGACACGGCUUUCCUGUGUGGUCACAUGGUAUGCCAUGUGUGUGGGGAGUCGUUGCGGAACUGCCACAUGUGUCGGAGAGUCAUCACCAAGAAGAUUCCAAUCUAUUUAUAGAUCUUAUGGAUACAUAUUGUUUAUGGUUGUUUCUACAAAUAAAAUGAUUGACUUCAGGGGCAUCCAUUUUUGGAAAGCACCUGAUCAGAGACAUAAUGUCAAUAGACAAGCACUGUAUAUGAAUUACAAAUGUUUGGGAGUUUUUAUUGCUCUAUAGCAUUGUAUUGAAUUAUAGCACAUGUAAUGUGUUCUGUGUGACUGUGCAAUUGUGUGGAGAUUUGUACAUGUGUUUUUUUUUAUGCAUUUACAUGAAAUAACAGUACAAUAUUGUAACAUUAGUGGCAUUUUUUCUGCAUGAAUUCAUUGAGUUUUAUGAUAAUUUAUGACUCUAUUACAGCUAUUUGCUUAUGAAUUUAUUAUAAGUCACUCUAAAAUUAAAUUAUUUUUUUUGAUAAUUUUCUGUUAAUGUUGAAAGUAAGAAGACAGCUAACAAAUAAGACAGUAUGUCAUAUAAAGAAAGAAAUUAUUUUGGUCUAGAUUUGAGGAAGAUGAAUAGUAUUCUGUGAUAGAGUGGUCUCCCUUGGUGAGGCUCUCCAGGGGUUCACAAAGUGUGAUAGAAGGAUUGGACUCAACUGUCCGCUUCAUACAAACUGUGUAUUUGAUAUCUUUUGUUGUUGUAUUUGAUACACUACAUUCGAUGUAAACCAUUGCUUUUGUUUAUAUGCAACCGUUCGUCGUCUCUCUCUCUCUCUGUCCUAUUUUUGUGUGAUACUUUCUCUCUCUUCCAGUAAUGUGCCUUGCUUCAAUGUUGGGCAUUUUCGCACAUGUAGUUUGUUUCCUGUUUGCUGAAUGCAUGUAGCAAUCCUUGUAAUCUAUUUGAAAUUAUAGGUAAGAUCUGCUCUCUUAACGCGUAAGUGAACGGAUCUACCAUCUUAUUUUUAAUUAGAUUGCUAUCAAUGGUUUCUUAUCAGAAAUUACAAUAAUUAAUAAACGAUUGAUUUUAUUUGUGCAAGCUUUGAUAACUAUUAACUUUUGAAACUUAACUUUAUUUUGAAGAAAAAAAGUGUUAUACUACAAAGAACCAAAGAGAAAAUGCUUGUUUCUUCAUAUUGUAAGGCGAUGAACUGCUUCCUGUGGAGAGGGAACUGAGACUGCAUGCAUUCAACCACAGGAACUAUAGAAACCUGUUUAAUUUAUUUAUUAUUUUAUAUAAUUGAUGGUCUAUUUCUUGUGUUGGAAUUAUGUUGCUACCUCUUUGAAUAAGGCAUGUCCGUGAUACGAUUAUAAUGAUGACAAGAACACCAAAUCAUGCGCUACUGUAAUUAAGUAGUGGGGUUCAAACUGAGAAAAUACCUAAGAUAGUACGAUGCAAGGAGGAUUUAUAUAGACAUUUUUAUUUGACGAUUUUUUGUACACCAGGUUAUGUUUUCAUUAUUGAUAUAGACCUCUGUAAUAAUUUUAUCUAUUGACAAGUGUACAACACCUUGAAUGGAGAAUUUGUUUUGAAUGUUUAAACAUAUGAUAGUGCUACUGAAUCAAUACAACCUGGGGUUAUUUUAACAAAUAAAUGUGUCAUUUAGAAG